AUGGGGGAGGGGUGGGUUGGGGUGGGUGUUGGGAGGGGGUGUUGGGAUGGGGUUGGGAUUUGUGUGGUAUGGAGUAGUUGGUUGGGGGGUGGGGUAUGGUUAUGGGUUUUUGGUAAGGUUAUUGUUUUGGUGGUGUGGUGGUGGGGUUGUGUGUGUUGGGUGGGGUUGGAUAAGGAUGGGGGUUGGAGGGGUGGGGGGCGGGUGAUUGUGAGUAGGGGGGAAGGUGGGUGGGUGAAUGGGGGGUUGUGGGGUGGGUGGUGGGUAGUUGGGAGGUGGGGGUGGGGGGGGGGGGGUGUAGGGGUGGUUGGUGGGGGGGUUGGGUGUUGGGGUGGUGGGUUGUGGGGUGGGAGUAUGGGAGUGGGGGGGGGUGGUGGUGGUGGGGUGUUGGGGGGGUUGGGGGUGGGUUUGGGAGAGGUGGGUGGGUGGGUGGAGGGGAUGGAUGGGGAGGAGGGUGGUGGGGUGGUGGGAGUAUGGGAGGAUGGGUGGGUGGGUGUGGGUGGGGGUAAGUGUGUGGGUAGAGGAGGGGAGUGGGAGUGGGGGGGGGUGGGGGGGGGGGUAGGUGUGUGGGAGUUGAUGUUAGAGGGGAGGGGGGGGAUAGGGUAUGAUAUUAUAGGGUGUGUGAUGGGGGGUGGUUGGGGUUGUGUAUGGGUUGAAUGGUUGUGGGUAUGGGGGGUGGAUGAGUUUGUGGUUUGUUGGGGUUUGGGGAGAAGGGGGGAGGAGGAGAGGGGAUGUGGAUAUUUGAUUGUGGGUUGGAUUGGUUGGGUGGGGUUUGGGAUGGGGGUGGGUGGGGGUGUGGGGGUUGGGGGUGGAGGGGGUGAGGGGGGGUGUGGGGGUGUGGGGGGUUGGGGGGUUGUGGUGGUGUGGGGUUUUGGUGGUGAUUUUGGGGAGUGGGAGUUAUUUGUGGGAUGGGUUGAUUGGGGUGUGGGUGGAGAGGUUGUGUGGGUGGGUGUUGAUUUGGGUGUUGGGUGUUGGGUUGUUUGGUUGGUGGUGGGGGGGUUGUUGUGUGUAGGUGGGGGUGGGGUGGUGUGGGGGUUGUGUGGGGGGGUGGGAGGUGUGGUGUUGUGUGUGGGUUUGGGGGGUGUAGGGGGUUGGGGGGGGGUUGUGUUUUGUUGUUGGGUGGUGUUGGUUUUUGGUGGGUUGUUUUGGUUGGUUUUUUUUUUGUUGGUGUGGUUUGGUUUUUUGUUGUGGGGUUUUUUUUGUGUGGGUUUGGGUGGUGUGGGUGUGUUGUGGGUGUUGUUUUGGGGGGGUGGGGGUUGUUGGGGGGGGUGUUGUGUGGGGUGUUGUGUUGGGGGUUUUGGUUUGUUGUGGUGGGGGGUGGUUGUGGUGUUGUUUGUGAUUGUUGGGUGUGUGUUUUUGUUUGUUUGUGUGUUGUUUGUUUGGUGUGUGUGGUUUGGGUGGGGUGUGUUUUUGUUGUUGUGUGGGUGUUUGUGUUGUUGUGGUGGGUUUUGGGUUGUUUUUGGGUUGUUGGUGUUGUUGUGUGGUGUUUGUUUGUGGGGGGGGGUUGGUGGGGUGAGUUUGGUGGUGUGGUGUGUUUGGGGGUUUGUGGUGGGUUGGUGUUGGGUUGUUUGUUGUGUGGUGGUUGUAGGGGUGGGUGGUGGUGGGUGGGUGUGGGGGGUGUGUGGUGGUGGUGUGGGGUGGGGGGGUGGUUUUUUGGUGUUGUUGUGUGGGGGGGGUUGUUGGGUUUGUGGGUGGGGUGUUGUGUGUGGGGUUUGGGGGGUGUUGUGGUGGUGUUUGGGGUGGGGGGGGGGUUGGGUUUGGGUGGGUGUUGGUUGGUUUGGUGGGUGUUUGGUGGGGUGUGUUGGGGGGGGGUUGGGUGGGGGGUGUGGGUUUUGUGGGUGGGGUGGUGGUUUUGUGUUUGUUGUUUUUGGUUGUGUUGUUGUGUUGGGGUGGUGGUGGGUUUUUUGUUGUUGGUGGGUUGGGUGGGUGUGGUGGUGGUGUUUGUUGUGUGUGGGGUGGUGGGGUGUGGGGGUUGGGGGGUGGGGGGGUUGUUGGUGUGUGUGGGGGGGGGGUGGGUGGGGGGUGGGGGUGGGUUGGUGUGGGGGUUUGGUGUGGUGGGGUGGGUGUUUGGGGGGGGGUGGGUGUUGUGGGGGUGGUGUGUGGGGGGGGGGGUGUGGGUGGGGGGUGGUGUGGGGUGGUGUGUGUGGUGGUGUGGGGGGGGGGGGGGUGGGGGUGUGGGGUGGUGGGGGGGGUGUGGUGGGGGGGGGUGGGGGGGUUGGGGUGGGGGGGGGGUGGGGGGGUUGUGGUGUGGUUGGGGGGUGGGGGGGGGGGGGGGUGGGGGGGUUGGGGUGUGUGUGUUUGGGUUGGGGGGGUUGGGGUGGUGGUGUUUGGGUGGGGGUUGUGUGGUGGGGGUGGUGUUGGGUGUGGUGGGUGUGGGGGUUGUUUUUGGUGGUGGGUGGUUGGUGUGGGGGUGGUGUGUUUUUUGUGGUGUGGUUUUGGGUGGGGGGUUGGUGGUGUGGGUGGUUGUGGGGGGGUGUUGUGGGUGGUGGUGGGGUGGGUUGGGGUUGUGGGGUGUGUGGGUUGGGGGGUGGGGGUUUGGGGGUUGGGUUGUGGGGGUGUUUGUUGUGUGUGGGUGGUUUGUUGUGGGUUGGUUGGGGGUGGGGGGGUGGGGGUUUGGGGGGGGGGGGUGGUUGGGUGGGGGGUGUGGGUGGUGGUGGGGGUGGGGGGUGGUGGGGGGUUUGUGUGGUGGUUGGGUGUGGGGUGUGGGUGGUGGUGGUGGGGUGGUGGGUGGGUGUGGGUGUGGGUUGGGUGGUGUGUGUGUGGGGUGUUGGUGGUGGGGUUGGGGGGUUGUUGGGUGUUUGGGUUAGUUUGUGUGUUUGGUUGUUUGUUGGGUGUUGGUGGUGUGGGGGGGUGGAGUGUUUUGGUUGUGGUUUGUUGGGUUUUGGUGGUGUGUGGGUUGGGUGUUUGGGGGUGGGGGGGGUGGUGAUUUGUGGGAGUGGUGUGUGGUGGGUGGGUAGGUGUGGUUGUGGGGGUUGGGGGUGUGGUUUGGGGGGUGGGUUGUUGGGGUGGUUUGGUGAGGGGUAG